AUGCUAUCUGGAACACAGGAUUGCAAAGGUGCAAACCCCGCGGCUAAGAAACUGAAGCUAGGCGCCUCGUCGUCAGGCCCUGACUCUGCUAAAAUUACGGUCGCCGGAGUUCAGCGUUUGAAUGCGAUACCUUUCUCUCUGUCUCAAUACGUCGAAUCAAUUCCGCAGGAUCAGAAACAUUUACUAAAGCUAGAAUCCGAAUGCAUGGGCAAGAGCUGGUUGAAACUUCUAAAGGAAGAGAUCAAAAAGCCAUAUUUUAUCUCAUUGAAGAAGUUCCUGUGGGAGGAAGGAGUCCAUGGCCCUGACGAGAGUGCUAAAAAUCUCAAAGUGUAUCCUUCACCAAAAGAUAUUUAUGCGUGGUCUAACACGCCCCUCGGAAAGGUGAAGGUCGUAAUCAUUGGCCAGGACCCCUACCACGGUCCGAAUCAAGCUCAUGGCCUCUGUUUCUCCGUCCCCAAGGGCGUCACUGUGCCGCCUUCCUUGAAAAACAUCUAUGCUGAGAUAAAGGCCGAAUACCCCGAAUUCGAACCUCCUAAGCAUGGUAACCUCGCAGCGUGGGCUGAUAAUGGUGUCCUCAUGUUAAACACCUGUCUUACUGUGAAGGCAAACAAAGCAGGGUCCCAUUCCGGCAAGGGCUGGGAAGAAUUUACUGACAAAGUUGUGGACGUAGUUGAUAAGUAUGGCGGUGCCAAUCUUUCGUCCGGCGGUGAUUCCGACAUGAACGGGAUUGGGCGUGGAGUGGUAUUCUUGGCUUGGGGGUCAUGGGCCGCAAAGCGUGUGGCUAAACUCAGCAAGACAAAACACUUGAUUCUUACUAGUGCCCACCCUUCGCCCUUUAGUGCUCAUAAGGGUUUUCUGGGCAAUGGUCAUUUCAAGGCUGCGAAUGGCUGGCUCGCGAAGAAGUAUGGACCUCAAGGCAAAGUCGACUGGUGCAAUCUGGAUUAA